AUGGCUGACACUAAGAACCCUGGAAACGUUGCGCGUGGUCUCAAGGCCACUAUACACAACGCCAAUGUCUCGGAAGAAGCAAAGGAAAACGCUGCUCAACGCCUCGCGCAAAUGGGAGAAGAAGUUCCGGGUGAUUUUUCCUCGGGCGCGCAAUCGGGAAACGACACAUACAAACCUGAUUCCGAUGAUUUGAGUGGAAGUCGAAUGCGAGGGACUAGAUCGUCGGCGUCGAAGGCCAAUGACGAAGGCUUAUUUUCACCAUCCGAGAUCGAGACAGAUCUUGACUACGCUCAAGGUGAAAGUGUCGGCGAAGACGUCCAGCACGGUGGAGAAACCAACCGUGUCUUGGGAGGAUACAAAGCUACUUUGAAGAACCCUCGCGUAUCGAAUCAAGCCAAACAACAUGCUCAAGAAAUGCUGGAUGAUGCCGAGAUCUAA